AUGAGACCCUCAGCUGGAGGCCGGGCGUCGAUCCGGUGCCCCUGGCUCCUGCUCUUGCUCCUGGCCGCCUGCCAGUUGGUGCUCUCCUCCCUGUUCCUUCCCCUGGUUUCGGGCCUGCCCGCACGGGACCCCCAUGCCCUGGUGGCCCAGUUGACCAAUGACAGUGUGGCCCAAAUGGCUCGGUCCGAGGCCGAUGCCUUGGCCCUUGCCCUGAAGGCGGCCGGCGGCGACCAGCGCAUGGUCCUGGCCCUGUACUACGGGCUGCGGUUCAACUGGGACGCCGGCCACCAGGCGAAUGCCCUGGCCGGGCUGGAUGCGUCGCCCGUGUGCCCGGACUCCUGCCCGGGGAAUUGCGACAAAUACGGCUGCAUCAGCUGCCCCCGCGGCAUGGGCAUGGCCUUCGACGACAGCACCUACUGCACGCAAAUGUGGGAGUACUGCCAGCUCCAGAUGAUUCCCUCCGAGGAUGGCGCCGAGGUGGACCCGGAUGCCGAUGGCACCAUCGGCAUCUUCUGCCCCUCCGGCUGCAUGAUCUACGACCGGGGCAGUCGCCAGUGCGUCCAGUGCUUUGAUGGGUAUUCCCAGGUCGGCAACCUGUGCAUCCAGUGCCCCUGGGAUUGCUACCAUUGCAGCAGCUAUGAUUACUGCUCUUCCUGCUACAUGGGUUACUACCUGAGUGGGGGGAGUUGCCUGUCCUGCUCGGCGAACUGCUCCAGCUGCACCUCGGCCACCAGCUGCUCAUCCUGCUUCACCAAUCACUUCAAGCAUCUUGGUGGCUGUGUGGCCGCCUGCCCGGGUGGCUACUUCGCGUCCGGCGAUGCGUGUGCCUCCUGCUCGGCCAACUGCAACUCCUGUUCCUCCGGCUCCGUGUGCACCUCUUGCAAAAGUGGCUACUUCCGGCACAACAAUGCCUGCGUGUCCUCCUGCCCGAGCGGCUUCUUCGGUGCGAGCGGUGCGUGCUCCUCCUGCUCGGCCAAUUGCACGGCCUGCACUUCCGGCACCAACUGCACGGCAUGUGCCGCGAGCUACCUCCGGCACAAUGGCAGCUGUGUGGCCUCCUGCCCGUCCGGGUUCUUCGCCUCGAGCGGCGCCUGUGCGGCUUGCUCGGCCAACUGCACGGCUUGCUCCUCGGCAAGUGCAUGCACCACCUGUGCCACGAACUACUUCCGGCACAAUGGCGGCUGUGUGUCCUCCUGCCCGAGUGGCUUCUUCGCCUCGGGCGGAUCUUGCCUCGCGUGCUCGGCCAACUGCACGGCCUGCUCCUCGGCCAGCGUCUCCUGCUCCGCCUGCCUGCCGGAUCACUACGUGCAUCUGGGCGCCUGUGUGUCCUCCUGCCCGAGCGGCUUCUUUGUGUCCGGCGGGAGUUGCAAGGCCUGCUCGGCCAACUGCACGGCCUGCUCCUCGGCCACGGCCUGCACCACCUGCGCCUCGGGCUACCUGAAGCACAAUGAUGCCUGCGUGUCGGCCUGCCCGGUGGGCUACUUCGCGGAUGGGCCAGCCUGCUCGGCCUGCUCGGCCAACUGCAAUGAGUGCACCUCGCCGAGCGUGUGUACCAAUUGCAAGAGCAACUUCUUCCGGCACAACAACGCCUGUGUGUCCUCCUGCCCGAGCGGCUUCUUCGGCAGCGGCAGUGUGUGCUCCUCGUGCUCCGGCAACUGCGACACCUGCACCUCCGGCAGCCACUGCACCACCUGCGCCGCGGGCUACCUGAUGCACAACAGCGCCUGUGUGGCCUCCUGCCCGGGGGGCUUCUUCAAGGAUGGGGCCAUCUGCUCGGCCUGCUCCAGUGGCUGCGGGUCCUGCACCUCGGCCAGCUCCUGUGGCGUUUGCUUGCCGGGUUUCUUCCUGCACCAUGGCGCCUGCGUGGGCUCCUGCCCGACGGGCUCCUUUGUGGAGGGCUCCCAGUGCACGGACUGCUCGGCCAACUGCGCUGUCUGCACUUCGCCGACCUCCUGCACCACCUGCUCGGCCGGGAACUACCUGCACAACGGGGCUUGCGUGGCCACGUGCCCGUCGGGGUUCUUCUCCGGCAGCGGCCGGUGCACGGCCUGCUCCAGCCAUUGCACGGCCUGCUCCUCGGCCAGCAACUGCACUGCCUGCGCCGCGCCCCACUACCUGCACAAUAGGGCCUGCGUGGACAGCUGCCCGGCCGGGUUCUUCCCGGAUGGGGCCCGGUGUGCCGGCUGCCCGGACACCUGUGCCUCCUGCACUUCCACCUCCAGCUGUGUUUCCUGCCUGCCGGGCUUCUCCCUGUUCGAGGGCCGAUGCUUGUCCGCCUGCCCGGAGGGCUACUUCGACACCGGGGCCGAGGAGGGCGCCUGCGAGCCGUGUCUGCUGGGCUGCCGCGAGUGCAAGGCCGUCGACCGGUGUGGCCGGUGCCGGCUGGAUCUCCUGGUGCUGGAGGGCGGUCCGGAUGAGCCGGACCGGUGUGUGGCCAACUGCCCGGUGGGGCUGGCGGCCCAGGGCGACCGGUGCGUCGGCUGCGGCCCGGACUGCGCCGCCUGCUCCACUCCCGAGCAGUGUGACACCUGCCAUGGGGGCUUCCUCCUGCAUGGAGAUGCCUGUGUGGCAUCGUGCCCGGGCGGGUUCUUCGCUUCCAAUGGAGCAUGCCUGGCCUGCUCGGACAAUUGCGACGCCUGCACCUCGGCCAGCAACUGCACGACCUGCCUGGGCGGGUACCUUCGCCAUGCGGGGGCCUGUGUGGCCGCCUGCCCGGCGGGGUUCUUCCCUUCCGCCGGGGCAUGCCAGAGCUGCUCGGCCCAUUGCACCGCCUGCGCCUCGGUGGCCACCUGCACGGUGUGUGCCCCGGGCCAUUACCUGCACCAGGGGGCCUGUGUGGCCGCCUGCCCGGCGGGGUUCUUCCCCUCCGGCGGGGCCUGUGCCGCCUGCUCGGCCCAUUGCGACACCUGCGCCUCGGACACCCACUGCACCGUCUGUGCCCCGGGGUACCUGAUGCAUGGUGGUGCCUGUGUGGGCUCCUGCCCGACGGGCUUCUUUGCCGAUGGCCCCACCUGCGCGGCGUGCUCGGCCGACUGCGCCAAGUGCACCUCGGCCAGUGUCUGCACCGCUUGCGAUGUCGGGUCGCUCCUGCACAGGGGGGCCUGUGUGGGCGCCUGUCCGGGGGAGUUUUUCCCGCUGCAGGAUACCUGCCAGGCUUGCCCGGAGCAUUGUGACACGUGUGCCUCGGCCGAUGCCUGUGACACCUGCCUGGUGCCGUACCUGCUGCAUGAGGGGGCCUGCCUGAGCAGUUGCCCGGUUGGCACGUUUGCCGACCCCACGGGCGUGUGUGCCGGCUGCCCGGCCGGGUGUGACGUUUGCACGGCCGGCGACCGGUGCGACCGCUGUGCCGGGGCCCUGGCCCUGCUGGAGGGGCGCGAGUGCGUCGGGUCCUGCCCGGUGGGUUACUUCCGCCAGGAGGGCACCAUCCACACGUGUGAGCCCUGCCAUCCGCUGUGCGCCGCUUGCUUCGGGCCCGGGGCCUAUGACUGCACGGCCUGCCCGCAGCCGUUGGUCAUUCGCCAGCCCAUCCCGCCGGUGGUGCCGGCCCUGACCGAGGGCCCGUGCGUGCCGGAUUGCCUGAACGACCCGUCGCAGUGCGCCGAGUGCGAGGACAAUUGCGACCUCUGCCGGGCCCUGCCCAAUGAUGAUACCUACUGUUUGGCCUGCAGCGAGCCGGGGCUGGCGCUGGAUGGUAAGUGUGUGGAAAGUUGCCCGGCCGGCCAUGCGCCGAUGGUGGCGGCUGGCUAUUGUGCCCGCUGCUCCGGGGCAUGUGGCGAUGCGUGCACCGGCUCCGGCAGCAACCAGUGCCUCAACUGCCCGCCGGGGAAGCUCCUCCAGGGGGGCGAGUGCCGUGACGCCUGCGCGGCCACCGGCUGGUUCCAGUCUUCGCCGAGCACCUGCACCCGGUGCGACAGCACCUGCCUGCAGUGUGUCGGCACCGGGCCCACCGACUGUGUCACCUGCCCCCGGGGGUCCUUCCGUUUGUCCCCGUCCGAGGGUCUCGGCAGCCGGUGUGUGCCCACCUGCCCGGAUGGCCAGUUCCCGGACCAUGGGCAGGCCGCCUGCCAGGCGUGCUCGGCCGAAUGUGCCACCUGCUCCGGCCCGGACACCUGCCUGACUUGCCGGCCGGGCGAGUGGCUGCUGCCGGACGGCGCCGGCUGUGUGGCCGCGUGCCCGGUCGGCAUGGUGCCCCUGGAAAAGGGGGCCUCUCGCCAGUGUCUGGCCUGCUCGGCCGGGUGCGUCGACUGCCGCCUGGACCCGCAGGAAGCCGCCCGCUGUGCCCAGUGCGAGGAUGGCCUUCUGCUGCAGGUGUCGGGACAGUGCGCGGCCGGCUGUCCGGCCAGGCAAUUCGAUGAGGCUGGCGCCUGCCGGGCAUGCGAUGUGCAGUGUGCCCAGUGCCAGGGUGCCAGCAGCCACUGCACCGGGUGCGCCCAGCCGACCCCCCUGCUGCGCCCGGAUGCCGGCCAGUGUGUGAGCAGCUGCCCUUCGGGCGAGGUCCAGGCCCCGGGCGAUGGUGGCACUUGCCUGCCCUGUGACCCGGGGUGUGCCGAGUGCAGCGCCCCGGGGGAUCCCCAGGCAUGCACCGCCUGCCCAUCGGCCUGGCAUCUGCUCCGGGGCGCCUGUGUCGAGGCCUGCCCCGAGGCGCACUUCUCGGAUGUCGGCACUUGCCGGGCCUGCCAUGAGGAUUGCCUUGCGUGCACGGGCCCCAGCUCGAAGGAGUGCCUGGCUUGCCGGGCGCCCGGGCUGCUGGUGCUGAAUGGAGCGUGUGUUGACCGGUGCCCGGAGGAUGGGUUCUGGCUCGACACCGAGGCCGCCACCUGCCGGGCGUGCGUCAGCGGAUGCACCGUCUGCGAGCAGGGAGCCUGCUCGGCGUGCCAGGCGGACCUGGUGCUGCUCGAGGACCGGGUGCCCUCCUGCCUGUCGACCUGUCCGCCGGGGAUGUUUGCCGACCGGGCUGGGGACCACAGCCGGGCUUCCUCCCGGUGUGUGGCCUGUGCCGAGGACUGUCACACGUGCUCCGGGCCGGAGCCCGGUCAGUGCGAGCUGUCCUGGUGCCAGGCCGAGGGGACGUGCUCGCGUUCGGCUCGCUCGGUGGUCCUGGGCGUGGCGGUCGGCGUGUCGGUGGGGCUGCUGCUGCUGUUGAUCAUCCUGAUCGUGGUGUUUGCGGUCUGCCGUCGGCGCUACGCGACUGGCCUGGUGAAGGCCGCCGUCGAGGAUGACGCCGACCGGACGGUCAUGAACACCAUGCUCGAUCUCUCGAUGCCGGGGUUCAUGUUGUGCUCCUUCCAUGAGGACAUCCGCCUGGAUGAGGCCAGUGGGGACAUCGGCUCCGGCACGCAGGCGGCCAUUGUUUCCGCCACCGCGCUCAAGCCGUCGCUGGUGAAGUUGGCUGGCAGCUCGCCGAUUGUGGUCAAGUGUCUGCACAACGCCGACAAGCCUGACUUGCUCCCAUCGGACCCGCUGUUGGCCAUGUUCCGGAAUGAGCUGUCGAUCAUUUGGGCCCUGCAAGCUUCGCCGAAUGUGGUUCGCCUGCUUGGCUACUGCGAAUCGCCCGCGGCGAUGAUCCUGACCCGCGAGCCAACCGACCUGCAUCGGCUCCUGAACCGCGAGGAGCCCAUCUCCAUGGAGGACUCGCGUGCGCUUCUGCAUGGGCUGUGUACGUGCCUCGAGGGGCCUUCCCACCUUGAGCAUCGCUCUAUCCUGCGGACCUUCGGCCAGCCGUCCGUCGCCCUGCUGGCCAUUGACCACAUGGCGGCCGACGUCUAUUCCCUGGGCUCGGUCGUGUGGCAUGUGCUGACGCAUGAGCGCCCGUGGACCGGCCUCAGCCAGGACUCCGUGGUGGCCAGUGUGGUUGGUGGCCAGCUGCCCAGCUCGCACGGCUCCCCGCCGGUGGCUGACACCGGUGACGCCCUGGUGGCUUGGGCCUUGGCCACUCUUCCCGGCAUGUGGCACCUGGAGCCGAUGCGGCGCCCGAAACUGGCCAGCCUCGCGGCCGAAUGCCAGGCGCAAGCAUGA